AGAGAGAGCGGUCCCGGGGUGGGGUGGCAACUUCAACUUUGCCGGCUGCACUUGGCAACAAGUCUGCAAGCGACUGCGACUCCAAUUGAGGGUCAAGGUCAGCGCUCGCGCAUCAGCUGCUGCGCAUGUGUGACGACCACGACGGCGGCCGUGACGCGACGGUGGCUUCGCGAAAGCUGCGCUCCGAGUUUCUGGAGCCGCAUGCGGAUGGGCAAGAAGCAGAGAGCGGUUGGCAAGCCGGUUUGGUCACUUUUUGCGCUUCUCCAUACUUAAGUGCGGUGCGAUCGCGGGUCGUCCAAGUAAUCGCCGCAUUUAGUUAGGCCUACGAGGGGCGCUAUUAAAGUACUGCGCAGCUUACACUCAUCUGCAAAUGUUUGGUGACCAUAUGUACGGGUGAAGAUACAAAUGUAACUCAAAUUUAGGCAUACUAAAUGAUUUUGGAAACUUAUGUCCUUUAAGUCCACUUUUGUAAUAAAGACACUCAUUCCGGAAGUAAGACAAAAUUGCUGGAAGUAACUUAAAAAUUAAAAAAACAAAAAUGUCCAAAAGCAACUGCAGUGACUGCACAUGCCGUUUGGCCAACGAGGUGGGCCAGCUAAAGGCCAUCGUGAAUGCCCAGAGCAGGACGCUCGCCAAGCUGGUCCGUCAGAUGAAGGAAGGCUGCAAAAAGGACGAGGAGGCCAAGGAAUCCACAUUGUGCGGCCUGAAUCCCUGCCUGAAGUGCCUGCAGCCUGACAUACUCUACCACCUGGGCCUGAAUACGGAGACCACGGACUUUCCCAAGGUUUUUGGUGAUGUGAGGUUUGUAUGCAUGGGAGGUACUCCGGGUCGGAUGGAAAACUUUGCCUACUACGUGAUGCAGGAGAUCGGUCUGAAGAUAAACGCGGCUACCAAGCUACGGAACAUAUCGGAGGCCGGCCAGCGAUUCUCCUUGUUCAAGGUGGGUCCCGUGCUCUGCGCCAGCCACGGAAUGGGUUGUCCGUCGAUCUCCAUACUGCUGCACGAACUCAUCAAGAUGAUGUACCACGCCAAGUGCAAGGACCCCGUCUUCAUCAGAAUUGGCACCAGCGGCGGCAUUGGCGUUGAACCCGGCACCGUGAUCAUUUCCUCCGAGGCGAUUGAUGGUCGCUUGAAUCCCGUCCACGAGAUCCUUGUGCACGGCGUCAGUGUCCAGCAUGCCAGCCAGCUCGAUGAGAGUCUGGCCGAUGAAAUCAAGAUGUGCCACGAUCCCUGCAAGGACAAAUAUGAAGCUGUCAUCGGCCGGACUCUGUGUGCCCAUGACUUCUACGAAGGCCAGUCGCGCCUCGAUGGAGCCUUCUGCGAGUACACGCCCGAAAUGAAGAAAUCCUACUUGGAGACGCUGCAGAGCCAGCAGGUGAAGAAUAUCGAGAUGGAGAGCUUGGCCUUUGCCGCCCUCACCAGUAGGGCCAACAUCAGGGGCGCGGUCGUCUGUGUGGCCAUCCUGAAUCGCCUAAAUGGGGAUCAAAUCAAAACGCCACAUGAUGUUUUGUCCAAAUGGGAGAAGAGACCACAGGAGCUGGUGGCCCGCUAUAUACGCAAGGUUCUUUACCAUAACGACGAUGACGAUGAGUCGGAGCAACCGGAGGACGAGGCCGAGGCAGGAGCAGCUGGGGGCGGGGACACCCAAAAGGCGCCUGUAGAAGAAGCCGAGUAAGAAGUCCUUCGUAUCUAAGUAAACGGUUCUGAAUUGCUAGUUCAAAGAUCAUUAAAGACAUCUCUGGUUGUUCAGUUCAAUGG